AUGGGAAACCUGCCAGCGUCGAGAGUGGUGCCAUCGCCCCCGUUCGCCAUAACUGGUGUGGAUUACGCUGGCCCCUUCUGGAUUAAACAAGGGUCACGUCGUCCAACGCUGACCAAGGCGUACGUAGCAGUCUUCGUCUGCAUGGCAACUAAGGCUGUGCAUUUGGAAGUCGUCUCCGAUUUGAGCACCGAUGCUUUCCUGGCAUCUCUAAGAAGAUUAAUUGCUCGCCGAGGAAUGAUUCAUGAAUUGCACUCGGACAACGCCACCAACUUCCGAGGUGCGAAUCAUGAAUUGAACAGCCUAUAUCAACAGUUCCAGAAUCAGCAGACUGUGAACGCCAUCGAAUCCUUUUGUCGCAGCCGUGAAAUCGAGUGGCAUUUCAUCCCGCCAGACGCACCGGAGUUCGGCGGCCUCUGGGAGGCAGCCGUGAAAUCCUGUAAAACACAUCUGAAGCGUGUCGUCGGCAACGUGAAGCUAACAUUUGAGGAGCUUUCAACUGUCAUGGCUCAAAUCGAGGCCGUCUUGAAUUCCCGCCCUUUAUUCGCCAUCUCGAAUGACCCGGCGGAUCCACGAGUUAUCACCCCGGCUGACUACCUCAUCGGACGACCACUCACCGCUCCAGCUGAGCCCUCCUUAGAAGACGUCAAGGUUUCCCGUUUGGCGCGCUGGCAACAUCUUCAACUCCUUCGUGAACAUUUUUGGAGUGCUUGGAGCAGAGAUUAUCUGAUCACCCUGCAGCCCCGAAAGAAGAACCAACGAGAGAUGCCAAUGUUCGCGAGGGCCUGA